AUGAUCGCAUCAGCACCAAAGUUAUAUGCCGGAGAACAACUGGAGCAGGCGGCCGGUUUUCCCACACUUUAUAACUACUUUCCAGCUGAUCCGGAAAAGCAGUUGAUCGUAUUCAUUCCCGGCAGUGGACACAACGCCCGAGUCGCUUAUGGCGCACACCGGGGUUACCAGCAAAAGGAUUUUCUAGCAUACUGGCUAAACAGUCAUGGCCAUGGGCUGCUAGCGAUUUCAUAUCCCAUCGAAAGCGACCCCGAACUUAUACCAGCUACUGCUCCCCAUUUCCGCAUUCGUGAUUGGGGAAAGCAAGCUGCCGAGGUGACACAUAAGAUAAUUGAACAACAUGGCCUGUUUAAGGAAGUUGUGCUCGUUGCAUGGAGUAUGGGUGGAAGGAUAGUUGUUCCGUACUGUGCUCAUGCGCAUUCCCUGGGGAUCGAUGUGGCCUUGUUCGCCUCUCUUGCGGCUACCCCUGGUGUUCAUGGUUCACGACCGCCGCCGGCGGAAAUGUCAAGUACGACAGCUGGGUCAUUCGCGUUACAGGUCGAAGAACAGAAUCAGAAAUUCAAUAAUGGGAGAGCCAUAUUUUCCGAGGGCGUCUAUCCACGGGAAUACUGUGGAUAUACCCCGGUGAGUCUGACAGGAUGGGGCUAUCGCUAUGAUAAUGAGAGCCGCAAACUCGUCGUUGAUAGGUGGAUAUCAACUGAAGACGCUGCGGUAGAUCAGUUCGAACAUUGGCCCAUGCUUGUUGCUUUGACGGGCACUAGUUCGCUAGAUGCUCGUCACGUUAUAACUGACCAGGCAACCUGGAGUUAUAUGCUCACUCGCAAACUGAUGCAUAUGAUAGAGGCUCACGAUGUGAAGAAGAUUGCGGAGAAUGGAAACUGGGGCAAAUUGAUUGAGAUGGUGCAUUCCUUGCCAAGUCAGAUUUCAUAUUCUAUUCCAGGAAACCAUUUCUUCUUUGUGGGCGAGCCAGGGGCACGUACAACUGCGGCAUUUAUAGUUGAGCAUCUGGAAAAGGCGAAGAAAUUCAAACAAGAAUUUCAGGCCUUGCUCAAUACCUAA